GUUAUCCUGCAUAAUUGAGGAUGACUUGCCGUAGCUGGGUUUACUUCUGGCUUCGUGGCUCAUUGAAUUCGUUUGCUAACGUUUAUUUGCCAAUAACGUUAAAACGCAACAGGGGGAAAAUGUCUUAUUUAUUAGCCGCAUUUCUAGCUGUUGUGCUGCUCAGCUCGGAGGCUUUUGGGAAGACUGUAACGGGACUUUUUAAGAGCGAAGUAGCGAGACAGCAGAACGGCCAGUUCAUCACUAAAUUCAUGUACCAAGGUGAUAGUGGUCUGUUGGUGUGCAGGCUGGACAACUCUGCUCUGGCUACAGAGAAGGAGUCCAGGUUGCUGCUGUAUCAGGACAUGGACUCAGACCUGGACAACCUCAGCUGCCCCGAGAGGCUCGCCAAAGCCCAUUUCACCAUUUUCCUCAGUGAAGAAGAACACAAUCAGACGAUCCCUCGUCAGUCCUCACCCACAGCCUGGAUGGCCCUGUAUGCUGACAGAUAUACAUGUCAGGGCAACGCAGUCAUUCCUUCUCAUGCUGAUCUCAGUUUUACUGUCCUGCUGUUCAACGCGGACUCGGCUGGAAAUCCUCUGGAGCACUUCAGCGCUGAGGAGGCGGGUCUCCAGAGUUUUUACUUCCUCCUGCUUCUGGCCUACUUUAUAGCCUGCUGUAUCUAUAUCCAACCCCUAUACCAGGCUCUGAGGAAAGGAGGUCCCAUGCACACCGUCCUCAAAGUGCUCACCACUGUGCUUGCAUUUCAGGGAUGCUCCGCUCUUUGCAACUACAUCCACUUGGCCAGGUAUUCCAGAGAUGGCAUUGGUAUUCCUCUGAUUGGCAGCUUGGCAGAGUUCUGGGAUAUGGUGUCCCAGGUGUCCAUGCUGUACAUGCUACUGAGUCUGUGUAUGGGCUGGACUCUGAGCCGAGGCAGGAAACCUCAGUCCAGACCUCUGCAGUGGGAACAGUCUCCAGCUUCCACAGCAGUUGCCGUCGGCGGAGUCAUUACGCAGGGAGUGUUGCUGCUGUGGGAGCAGUAUUCAGAAUCCGAGAGCGAACAUCACAGCUACCACGCCCAGCAGAGUCUGGCAGGACUCCUCCUCAUGGCUCUGAGAGUGGCCCUGGCCUUGCUGUUGGCCUCCGUCCUCUACCAGAUCAUCUCCACUGAGAGGAGCACCCUGAAGAGAGACUUCUACCUCUGCUUCGCCAAGGGGUGCUUCCUGUGGUUCCUCUGCCACCCUGUCCUCUUCCUCAUGUCCGUUAUCUUCAACGAGCACCAGAGGGAGAAGGUGGUGACUAUCGGUGUGAUCCUCUGCCAGUCCAUCUCCAUGGUGAUCCUCUACCAGCUCUUCCUGUCUCGUUCUCUCUACUGGGAGGUCUCCUCUCUCUCCUCUGUGUCUCUGCCGCUUACCAUGUCCAGGACGAACCACAGGGGGCGCUACUGAGAACACAUCCACGGUCGCGCUUUACCUGAACGCGUCACGGGGCGAGGGGAGAACAUGCUACGACACUAGGGCCUCCCCCUAAGCUCCUGCAGUGUCAGGGGAAGGGAGAUGAAAUGGAGGAUGCAAGAAGUGCAGUAACACUGCAGGGGCUGUUCUGUUUUUUUGCUGGUGCUGCCUCUUUGGAGAACAGUAAUAGCCACUAGUAAGCAAAGGAACUAUAGGUGAGGUCACAGAAUGACCAGAAGAAGAUAUUUACAGCAACAAACUACCUCUAGUUUCAAAUGACUUUAGACUGGAAUAUCUAAUGCAGGAUCUCCUGGAAUAGGGACACUUUCUUGCGCUCUCCAACAUUUUAGGACGUGUCUGCUUCUGAGGUAGGUUUCAAGAGUGGAGAAAUGAUAGGUUGAAUCAUCCACACAGUACAGAUGGUUCUUUGGACCUUGAGGGCGCAAUCCCAACAUCAGCAUACCUGAGAAGGUUGUGUCUGAGGAAACUUCUCCUGUGCCCUUGGCUUUGAUAAUCAUUCACUCGGUGGAAUCCACAGAUUUACUGUGAAGGAAAAGACAAAGCACAGGGACGCAUUACACCAACCGCUUAGCUAUGGUGUAAGACUUAGCAUCCAUAUUCUGCUCAAUAAACUAGACUUCAAAUUGCCAAAGAGAUGAUAGAAGUUUUUUGUGUUAAAGGAUAGAGCUGGCGUUGUUCCGCAUUUCAUUUUCCUUGUCAACAAAUCCCAUGAAAUGACAACACCGACAAUUGUUGAAGGAAGGAACACAUCGUCCAGUGCAACAGCGUGGGCCACAGUAUGUCAGGUUUUAGAUUUUAGUCUUGUCAUAGAAAUUAUUUACUGUAAGAGAAUAGAGUAAUAAAUGGGUAAGUCAAUGGUUCAGUAUGUGGUAGGAUUGAUGUGUCACUCUGGAGAAACAGAUGGAGGUCGAGAGGUAAUUGACUAGAAUGAAGAAUGGUCAGGCGCAAGGGUGGGUAAAGUCUGGACUGACGGAUUCAGUAUGAGGCCAGGUACAAAGAUUUGGAUUUUCAGUUAGCCAAGUAAGGAUUGGUGAACUUUGUCUGUUCAGAGUGAUUAAUGUGAGCCAAAACUGUGCGCUCCCUGUACAUCACAGAGUAAGCUGUACUCGUUACCGUUUUAUGCUAAUUUCUUCACCGUCAGCAUGAAUCUAUGAGCUGAUAGCAGGGAUGCGCAACAAUAUCUGCAUGUCAUAAGCAUUGGCUGCUAGGUGCUUUACAGAGACCCAGAGCCUGAACACCCCUCUGAGCAAGCAGACGGUGGCAAGGAAAAACUCCCUUUUAACAGGAAGAAACCUUGAGCGGGACCCGGCUCACAAGGGAGAACUAUUGUGCUGAUAGUUGACUGGGUAAAGGAGGAAAUAAUCAAAUACUUGUAAAAUCCAAUAUUGUGAGUCUGUGGCUGAAAAGCUUAAGUCACAGUCACAUAAAUUGUAUGUAGCUGGAGAUACACUGCAUGAGCUUUGUUUUUUUGUUUUUAAGUUUCAUUUUCCAUGCCUUGUACCAUGAGCUUGAGCACACCACCUAGGCUGUGUUUUAAAGUCGAACAAAAAGCCAAAGUCUACUAAAAAAGCUACAGCCACAGCCCCUUUGUAGCUUCCAAUGAAUUCCGUGGUGUGAAUACUUUCCGAUGAAAUUCACCAAGUCCACUCAUGAGUUCUUACUCUCUCCAGUUAUGCAGCUCUGGUCUGGGCACACUGUGACUUCCUGUCCUCUUUCCUUGUCUUAAAGAGACUCUCAUGGCAGGUAGUAGUUUAAUUUAGGGAUUUUCAUAUGGUGGAGAAAGACAGUCCACUUGAACUGACAGCUGACAUGGAGUGUUGAUAUAUUUAUUCAUUCUUUAUUUAUUUUUCUAAACGAAUAACUGACAAACAGCAUAUUGUAAAGAAGCUAAAUCACUUAGUGCACAAGUUUAGUGUUUGAUUUCACUGUUUUAUUGAGCCGCGUUUUUUUUUUCUUUCCUUAUUGAUUUAAAGAUAACCUCAGCCGUUCUAGUUCAGAUUGUUUUACUUCAGAAAUAUUCAGCGGAUACCACAAAAAUACAUAAAGUAACCGAUGAUCACAGCUUUUCGAGGCUGUUUCCCUUGAAAUAUUUUUAAACUUAUGCCAUAAACCUUUGAAAUAAUGUCAUAAGAUAUCCAUAUUGUAUACGUAUUGACCCCCCCCCCUCAGCUGGAAUGUCUCUAACAAAUGCAUGACAGAAAAAUUAAUAGCCACCUGUGUUAUGACAUUAAACUUUAAUAUCUUUGGUAAUGGUUCGGUUAUCACAAAACGUGCAAUCUGAUUUUUUUUUUUUGUUUUUUCUUGUUAUGUAGGUGUAGAUUAAAGCAGUGUGUGUGUUUGUGUUAUCUGAGCAGCAUGUACUGUAUGUACACCUUGUAUGGGUGCAAGAAAAAAUCCAAUCUGUUUUGCAGCAGAUUACAACAAAAUAAAUACGAGACUUCCGUUUGUACGUUGUACUUGGUUUGGUUACAGUUACACAAAACAAGUGUCCAGUUUUGUUAUUUUUGUUCCCCUCCUUGUUUUAUUUAUACAUAAAUAACACAAUCUGUGGAAUUAUGGAACCUGUGAUUAUUACAGCUGUAAUAAAGUAAAUAAAUAC